CAUGAGCGCAUCCAGGCUGCAGCAACUGAAGAGUCAGAUUUUGCCUGAUAAUAAGCUCACAGCAAUGGCAGGAUCACCUAGUCCUCUGACCACACAUGUGCUGAACACUGCAAUGGGUGUCCCCGGGUCAAAUAUGGCCCUCAGCCUUUAUCAACAAGACCCCUCCACAAACACCUGGAAUUUAAUCACCACCGGGACCACUAAUGAUGAUGGACGUUGCCCUGGACUUAUCGCAAAACAAUUAUUUACAUCUGGUGUGUACAAAAUGCAUUUUGAGACGGCUCAGUAUUGGGCGAGUAUGGGAGAGACCUGCUUUUACCCCUAUGUUGAGAUUGUCUUCACCAUAAAUGACCCUGGGCAAAAGUACCAUAUCCCUCUGCUUCUGAGUCGUUUCUCUUACAGUACAUACAGAGGGAGCUAG